GGGCGGCAUUCCUGGGAGGCCGGCGCUCUGACGUGGACCCGGGGGCUGCGGGCGCCGAAGGGGGGGCAGCUGCCCCGGGGCUUCUUAAACCCCCCACCACGGCCCGGCCCGCACUUCCCGAGCACCGCUCCGCCCCGGAGGGAGACAGCGAGCAGAGCAGCGAGAGGCCCGGAGCCCCGCCAGUCAGGGCGCAGAGAAGUUGAAGAGGAGCGCAGCGCAGCGCAGAGUCCCGCGGUAGCGACCCGACAGCACCCACACCCCGAACCCCCAGCCGUGCAGCCCCAACCGCCGACCCGACAGCAUGAUGAACAACAGCGGCUACCCGGACGCCUCCGGCUUUGGCCUGGGAGAGGAGGCGGACGAGAUGCCGUCCACCGAGAAGGACUUGGCCGAGGACGCGCCGUGGAAGAAGAUUCAGCAGAACACGUUCACGCGCUGGUGCAACGAGCACCUCAAGUGCGUGGGCAAGCGCCUCACCGACCUGCAGCGCGACCUCAGCGACGGGCUGCGGCUCAUCGCCCUGCUCGAGGUGCUCAGCCAGAAGCGCAUGUACCGCAAGUUCCACCCGCGCCCCAACUUCCGCCAGAUGAAGCUGGAGAACGUGUCCGUGGCCCUUGAGUUUCUGGAGCGCGAGCACAUCAAACUCGUGUCCAUCGACAGCAAGGCCAUUGUGGAUGGGAAUCUAAAGCUGAUCCUGGGCUUGAUAUGGACGCUGAUCCUGCACUACUCCAUCUCCAUGCCCAUGUGGGAGGAUGAGGAUGAUGAGGAUGCCCGCAAACAGACACCCAAGCAGCGUCUGCUUGGUUGGAUCCAGAACAAGGUGCCCCAGCUGCCCAUCACCAACUUCAACCGUGACUGGCAGGACGGCAAGGCCCUGGGUGCCCUGGUGGACAACUGUGCCCCUGGCCUCUGCCCGGACUGGGAGGCCUGGGAUCCCAACCAGCCUGUGCAGAACGCCCGAGAAGCCAUGCAACAGGCGGACGACUGGCUCGGGGUGCCCCAGGUGAUUGCCCCUGAGGAGAUUGUGGACCCCAAUGUGGAUGAGCAUUCGGUCAUGACCUACCUCUCCCAGUUCCCCAAGGCCAAGCUCAAACCUGGUGCCCCUGUUCGUUCCAAGCAGCUGAACCCCAAGAAAGCUAUUGCCUACGGGCCUGGCAUCGAGCCCCACGGCAACACGGUGCUGCAGCCUGCACACUUCACCGUGCAGACGGUGGAUGCUGGGUUGGGUGAGGUGCUGGUCUACAUUGAGGACCCUGAGGGCCAUACGGAGGAGGCCAAGGUGGUUCCCAACAAUGACAAGGACCGCACAUAUGCUGUCUCCUAUGUGCCCAAGGUCGCCGGAUUACACAAGGUGACUGUGCUGUUUGCUGGCCAGAACAUUGAGCGUAGCCCCUUUGAGGUGAAUGUGGGCAUGGCCCUCGGGGACGCCAACAAAGUGUCAGCCCGUGGCCCCGGCCUGGAACCUGUGGGUAAUGUGGCCAACAAACCCACCUACUUUGACAUCUACACUGCUGGCGCUGGCACUGGCGAUGUUGCUGUGGUGAUUGUGGACCCACAGGGCCGUCAGGACACGGUGGAGUUGGCCCUAGAGGACAAGGGUGACAGCACAUUCCGCUGCACGUACAGGCCUGUGCUGGAGGGGCCACACACAGUGCACGUGGCCUUUGCUGGGUCUCCCAUCACUCGCAGUCCGUUCCCUGUGCACGUGGCAGAAGUGCCCCUGCUGCCGCCUGCUCCCUCUGUGCCCAUCGUCCACCAGGCCAAGAGAGUGGCGCCACCCUGUAACCCCAACGCCUGCCGUGCCUCUGGGCGAGGCCUGCAGCCCAAAGGUGUCCGCGUGAAAGAGGUGGCUGACUUCAAGGUGUUCACCAAGGGUGCCGGCAGUGGGGAGCUCAAGGUCACAGUCAAGGGGCCAAAGGGCACAGAGGAGCUGGUAAAGGUGCGGGAGGCCGGAGACGAUGUCUUUGAGUGCGAGUACUACCCCGUGGUGCCUGGGAAGUAUGUGGUGACCAUCACAUGGGGCGGCUAUGCCAUCCCCCGAAGCCCCUUCGAGGUCCAGGUGAGCCCAGAGGCAGGGACACAGAAGGUGCGGGCCUGGGGCCCUGGCUUGGAGACUGGCCAGGUGGGCAAGUCAGCUGACUUUGUGGUGGAGGCCAUUGGGACAGAAGUGGGGACGCUGGGCUUCUCCAUCGAGGGGCCCUCACAGGCCAAGAUCGAGUGUGACGACAAGGGCGACGGCUCCUGCGACGUGCGGUACUGGCCCACAGAGCCUGGCGAGUACGCUGUGCACGUCAUCUGUGAUGACGAGGACAUCCGCGACUCGCCUUUCAUUGCCCACAUCCAGCCAGCCCCACCAGACUGCUUCCCAGACAAGGUGAAGGCCUUUGGGCCUGGCCUGGAGCCCACUGGCUGCAUCGUAGACAAGCCUGCCGAGUUCACCAUCGAUGCCCGAGCAGCUGGCAAGGGGGACCUGAAGCUCUAUGCCCAGGACGCAGAUGGCUGCCCCAUCGACAUCAAGGUGAUCCCCAACGGUGACGGCACCUUCCGCUGCUCCUACGUGCCCACCAAGCCCAUCAAGCACACCAUCAUCGUCUCCUGGGGAGGGGUCAACGUACCCAAGAGCCCCUUCAGAGUGAACGUGGGCGAAGGCAGUCACCCCGAGCGGGUAAAGGUGUACGGCCCUGGAGUGGAGAAGACAGGCCUCAAGGCCAAUGAGCCCACUUACUUCACUGUGGACUGCAGCGAAGCCGGGCAAGGUGACGUGAGCAUUGGCAUCAAGUGCGCCCCUGGUGUGGUGGGACCUGCGGAGGCUGACAUUGACUUUGACAUCAUCAAGAAUGACAAUGACACCUUCACAGUCAAGUACACACCCCCAGGCGCUGGUCACUACACCAUCAUGGUGCUGUUUGCCAACCAGGAGAUCCCCGCCAGCCCCUUCCACAUCAAGGUGGACCCAUCCCACGACGCCAGCAAGGUCAAGGCUGAGGGUCCUGGGCUGAACCGUACAGGUGUGGAAGUCGGGAAGCCCACUCACUUCACGGUGCUGACCAAGGGAGCUGGCAAGGCCAAGCUGGACGUGCACUUCGCUGGGGCAGCCAAGGGCGAGGUUGUGCGGGACUUUGAAAUCAUAGACAACCAUGACUACUCCUACACCGUCAAGUACACGGCUGUGCAGCAGGGCAACAUGGCAGUGACAGUGACCUACGGCGGGGAUCCUGUCCCCAAAAGCCCCUUUAUAGUGAAUGUGGCACCCCCACUGGACCUCAGCAAAGUCAAAGUUCAAGGCCUCAACAGCAAGGUGGCUGUGGGGCAGGAGCAGGCAUUCUCUGUGAACACACGAGGGGCUGGUGGGCAGGGCCAGCUGGAUGUGCGGAUGACCUCACCCUCCCGAAGACCAAUCCCCUGCAAACUGGAGCCUGGGGGUGGAGCGGAAGCCCAGGCAGUUCGUUAUAUGCCCCCCGAAGAGGGGCCCUACAAGGUGGACAUCACCUAUGAUGGCCACCCAGUGCCUGGUAGCCCCUUUGCUGUGGAAGGUGUGCUGCCCCCCGACCCCUCUAAGGUCUGUGCUUACGGCCCUGGGCUCAAGGGUGGCCUGGUAGGCACCCCUGCACCGUUCUCCAUUGACACCAAAGGGGCUGGCACAGGUGGCCUGGGGCUGACUGUGGAGGGCCCCUGUGAGGCCAAGAUCGAGUGCCAGGACAAUGGCGAUGGCUCAUGUGCUGUCAGCUACCUGCCCACGGAGCCCGGCGAGUACACCAUCAACAUUCUGUUUGCCGAAGCCCACAUCCCAGGCUCGCCCUUCAAGGCCACCAUCCAGCCCGUGUUUGACCCAAGCAAGGUGCGGGCCAGCGGGCCAGGCCUGGAGCGUGGCAAGGUUGGCGAGGCGGCCACCUUCACUGUGGACUGCUCGGAGGCGGGUGAAGCUGAGCUGACCAUUGAGAUCCUGUCCGAUGCCGGCGUCAAGGCCGAGGUGCUGAUCCACAACAACGCGGAUGGCACCUACCACAUCACCUACAGCCCUGCGUUCCCCGGCACCUACACCAUCACCAUCAAGUAUGGCGGCCACCCUAUCCCCAAAUUCCCCACCCGCGUCCAUGUGCAGCCAGCUGUUGAUACCAGCGGUGUCAAGGUCUCAGGGCCUGGAGUGGAGCCUCAUGGUGUCCUGCGGGAAGUGACCACUGAGUUCACUGUGGACGCAAGAUCCUUGACAGCCAUGGGUGGCAACCACGUGACAGCUCGUGUGCUCAACCCCUCCGGCGCUAAGACUGACACCUAUGUGACAGACAAUGGGGACGGCACCUACCGAGUGCAGUACACGGCCUACGAAGAGGGAGUGCAUUUGGUGGAGGUGCUGUAUGAUGAGGUGGCUGUGCCCAAGAGCCCCUUCCGAGUGGGCGUGACUGAAGGCUGUGACCCCACCCGAGUCCGGGCCUUUGGGCCAGGCCUAGAGAGUGGCCUGGUCAACAAGUCCAACCGCUUCACUGUGGAAACCAGGGGAGCAGGCACCGGAGGCCUAGGCCUAGCCAUUGAGGGCCCUUCGGAAGCCAAGAUGUCCUGCAAGGACAACAAGGAUGGCAGCUGCACCGUGGAGUACAUCCCCUUCACCCCUGGAGACUAUGACGUCAACAUCACCUUCGGGGGGCGGCCCAUCCCAGGGAGUCCAUUCCGAGUACCAGUGAAGGAUGUGGUGGACCCUGGGAAGGUGAAGUGCUCGGGGCCGGGGCUGGGAGCUGGCGUCAGGGCCCGGGUACCCCAGACCUUCACAGUGGACUGCAGUCAAGCCGGCCGGGCCCCCCUGCAGGUGGCUGUGCUGGGCCCUACAGGUGUGGCCGAGCCCGUAGAGGUGCGUGACAAAGGGGAUGGCACCCACACUGUCCACUACACUCCUGCCACCGACGGGCCCUACACAGUAGCCGUCAAGUACGCUGACCAGGAGGUACCACGCAGCCCUUUCAAGAUCAAGGUGCUUCCAGCCCACGAUGCCAGCAAGGUGAGGGCCAGCGGCCCCGGCCUCAAUGCCUCUGGCAUCCCUGCCAGCCUGCCAGUGGAGUUCACCAUCGAUGCUCGGGAUGCUGGGGAGGGGCUGCUCACCGUCCAGAUCCUGGACCCCGAGGGUAAGCCCAAGAAGGCCAAUAUCCGAGACAACGGGGAUGGCACGUACACUGUGUCCUACCUACCAGACAUGAGCGGCCGAUACACCAUCACCAUCAAGUAUGGCGGCGACGAGAUCCCUUACUCACCUUUCCGCAUCCAUGCCCUGCCCACGGGGGAUGCCAGCAAGUGCCUUGUCACAGUGUCCAUUGGAGGCCAUGGCCUGGGUGCCUGCCUGGGUCCCCGAAUCCAGAUCGGAGAGGAGACUGUGAUCACAGUGGAUGCCAAGGCAGCUGGCAAGGGGAAGGUGACCUGCACGGUGUCCACGCCAGAUGGGGCAGAGCUUGACGUGGAUGUGGUUGAGAACCACGAUGGUACCUUUGACAUCUACUACACCGCGCCCGAACCGGGCAAGUACGUCAUCACCAUCCGCUUUGGGGGCGAGCACAUCCCCAACAGCCCCUUCCAUGUUCUGGCGUGUGACCCCCUGCCCCACGUGGAGGAGCCCUCUGAAGUGCUACCACUGCGCCAGCCCUACGCCCCUCCCCGGCCCGGCACCUGCCCCACACACUGGGCCACAGAGGAGCCCGUGGUGCCCGUGGAGCCAUUGGAGUCCAUGCUGAGGCCCUUCAACCUGGUCAUUCCCUUCACUGUGCAGAAAGGGGAGCUCACAGGGGAGGUGAGGAUGCCCUCUGGGAAGACCGCUCGGCCCAACAUCACCGACAACAAGGACGGCACCAUCACGGUGAGGUAUGCGCCCACCGAGAAGGGCCUGCACCAGAUGGGGAUCAAAUAUGACGGCAACCACAUCCCCGGAAGCCCCCUGCAGUUCUACGUGGACGCCAUCAACAGCCGCCACGUCAGUGCCUAUGGGCCAGGCCUGAGCCAUGGUAUGGUCAACAAGCCAGCCACCUUCACCAUCGUCACCAAGGAUGCCGGGGAAGGGGGCCUGUCCCUGGCUGUGGAGGGCCCAUCCAAGGCAGAGAUCACCUGCAAGGACAAUAAGGAUGGCACCUGCACGGUGUCCUACCUGCCCACAGCACCUGGAGACUACAGCAUCAUCGUGCGCUUUGAUGACAAGCACAUCCCAGGGAGCCCCUUCACAGCCAAGAUCACAGGCGAUGACUCGAUGAGGACCUCACAGCUGAACGUGGGCACUUCCACGGACGUGUCACUGAAGAUCACAGAAAGUGACCUGAGCCUGCUCACUGCCAGCAUCCGAGCACCCUCGGGCAACGAGGAGCCCUGCCUGCUGAAGCGCCUGCCCAACCGGCACAUCGGGAUCUCCUUCACCCCCAAGGAGGUCGGCGAGCAUGUGGUGAGUGUGCGCAAGGGCGGCAAGCACGUUACCAACAGCCCCUUCAAGAUCCUGGUGGGACCGUCUGAGAUUGGGGAUGCCAGCAAGGUCCGAGUCUGGGGCAAGGGCCUGUCGGAGGGGCACACUUUCCAGGUGGCAGAGUUCAUCGUGGACACACGUAAUGCAGGUUAUGGGGGCCUGGGGCUGAGCAUUGAAGGCCCCAGCAAGGUGGACAUCAACUGCGAGGACAUGGAGGACGGCACAUGCAAAGUCACCUACUGCCCCACCGAGCCCGGCACCUACAUCAUCAACAUAAAGUUCGCUGACAAGCAUGUGCCUGGAAGCCCCUUCACUGUGAAGGUGACCGGCGAGGGCCGCAUGAAGGAAAGCAUCACCCGGCGUAGACAGGCGCCUUCCAUCGCCACCAUCGGCAGCACCUGUGACCUCAACCUCAAGAUCCCAGGGAACUGGUUCCAGAUGGUAUCUGCCCAGGAGCGCCUGACACGCACCUUCACACGCAGCAGCCACACAUACACCCGCACAGAGCGGACGGAGAUCAGCAAGACGCGGGGCGGGGAGACCAAGCGUGAGGUGCGAGUGGAGGAGUCCACCCAGGUCGGCGGGGACCCCUUCCCUGCUGUUUUUGGGGACUUCCUGGGCCGGGAACGCCUGGGCUCCUUCGGCAGCAUCACCCGGCAGCAGGAAGGGGAGGCCAGCUCUCAGGACAUGACCGCACAGGUGACCAGUCCGUCCGGCAAGACAGAAGCCGCAGAGAUCGUCGAGGGGGAGGACAGUGCCUACAGCGUGCGCUUCGUGCCCCAGGAGAUGGGGCCCCACACGGUCACUGUCAAGUACCGUGGCCAGCACGUGCCUGGUAGCCCCUUCCAGUUCACUGUGGGGCCGCUGGGUGAAGGAGGUGCCCAUAAGGUGCGCGCUGGAGGCACAGGGCUGGAGCGAGGCGUGGCCGGCGUGCCAGCGGAGUUUAGCAUCUGGACCCGAGAAGCUGGUGCUGGGGGCCUGUCCAUUGCCGUGGAGGGCCCCAGCAAGGCGGAGAUUGCAUUCGAGGACCGCAAAGAUGGCUCCUGUGGUGUCUCCUAUGUUGUCCAGGAGCCAGGUGACUAUGAGGUCUCCAUCAAGUUCAACGAUGAGCACAUCCCAGACAGCCCCUUCGUGGUGCCGGUGGCCUCCCUGUCUGACGACGCACGGCGUCUCACAGUCACCAGCCUCCAGGAGACGGGGCUCAAGGUGAACCAGCCAGCAUCCUUCGCAGUGCAGCUGAAUGGAGCACGGGGCGUGAUCGAUGCAAGGGUCCACACGCCAUCGGGGGCGGUGGAGGAGUGCUACGUCUCCGAGCUGGACAAUGACAAGCAUACCAUCCGCUUCAUCCCCCAUGAGAAUGGCGUCCACUCCAUCGAUGUCAAGUUCAACGGUGCCCACAUCCCUGGAAGCCCCUUCAAGAUCCGUGUAGGAGAGCAGAGCCAAGCUGGGGACCCAGGCUUGGUGUCAGCCUAUGGUCCUGGGCUUGAGGGAGGCACCACUGGUGUGUCAUCAGAGUUCAUCGUGAACACCCUGAAUGCAGGCUCAGGGGCCUUGUCUGUCACCAUCGAUGGUCCCUCCAAGGUGCAGCUGGACUGUCGGGAGUGUCCUGAGGGCCAUGUGGUCACUUACACUCCCAUGGCCCCUGGCAACUACCUCAUCGCCAUCAAGUAUGGUGGCCCCCAGCACAUCGUGGGCAGCCCCUUUAAAGCCAAGGUCACAGGUCCCCGGCUGUCUGGAGGCCACAGCCUUCACGAAACGUCCACUGUUCUGGUGGAGACUGUGACCAAGUCAUCCUCCAGCCGCGGCUCCAGCUAUAGUUCCAUCCCCAAAUUCUCCUCGGAUGCCAGCAAGGUGGUGACGCGGGGCCCCGGGCUGUCCCAGGCCUUUGUGGGUCAGAAGAACUCCUUCACAGUGGACUGCAGCAAAGCAGGCACCAACAUGAUGAUGGUGGGUGUGCACGGGCCCAAGACCCCCUGUGAGGAGGUGUACGUGAAGCACAUAGGGAACCGGGUGUACAAUGUCACCUACACUGUCAAGGAGAAAGGGGACUAUAUCCUCAUUGUCAAGUGGGGUGAUGAGAGUGUCCCUGGAAGCCCCUUCAAAGUCAAUGUGCCUUGAAUCCCAGAAGCGCCUCCCCCAGCCUCAGCCCCCACCUCCGGCCAAGCACUCACACCCAUCCACACACCAGUGUGCCACACCCAGAUACACUUGCACAGAGCCAGCACUACAGACACCUGCCUUGGGUGUGACUUGAAUGGCACAGCCUCCCUGCGCUCAAGGAGUAGAGGCUUUAUCUGUCUCGGGCCAGUGUCUUCCCUUGAAUGUGCCGGGAGGGGAGAUGGGGCCAGGCUCAGAGGCAGCGGCUGUGACACAGGGCAGCACAGGGGCUGGGGGAGCCCUGAGUUUCCUGCUGGAGCCGUGGCCAGUGGGGGAGCAUGGUGCGGGGGCGUCUGUGUGUGAAAGAGGUUACCCCCAAACCACGCUGCAGCCGGGCCGCCCUGCCCGAGGACCACAUCUGGCCUCUCUGGUGGUGGCCACCGCCCCGGAGUGUUACAGACUUGGAAAAGAAAGCAUAAUCAGAGAAGAAAACAGACCUGGAACAAGCAGCAUGCGGACUGCCCCAGCUCUAUGUACCCCACCCAAACCAGGCUUCCUGGGGGACUGAUCUCUCUCUCCUCAUCUCUCUCUCUCUCCCUCCCUCUCUCUUUCUCUCUCUCUCUCUUUCUUUUUUACGGUUGCACAGCUCUGCCCCAUGGGGGGCCUUUUUUACACACUGCGAGGCCCAGCUUUCUGGGGGGUCUUUUGCACAAGUCAUGCAGCUCAGCUGGGAGCUGCUUAGGUGGAAAACUCCAAAUAAAGUGCGGCUGUCGCAGA